CUCGGCCCUCGACCCCCGCUACUCCGGCGUUCCGGCGCAGCUCCUGGCCGAGAUGACCGCCACCGUGAUCUCCCUGGCUGGCCUCCUGCACAGCUACUGGUACAACCGCUUGACCUUAUCCCUAGUGGCCGGCCUCCUCUGGAUGCUCCUCAAAUUCCUCCCCGCACGCAGCUGCUCCUCUUCGCCAUCCUCCUGGAGAACACCGCCCUCUUCCUGGGGAUGUUCCUGCUGGUGCUGCUGACGCCGGCGGUGGUGUGGAGCGCCGGGGUCUUCCUGUUUAUCAUCACGGAGGUCCUGCACGCGCAGUACAUCAGCAACCUCCGGCAUCUGCGCUUCUUCGAGCUAAUGGGCGCGCCAGGAUUGGCGGGGACCGGCGGGCGGACGUCCUUUAUCGCGCGGAGCGGCUGGUUGACGGUAUGGCCGACCCUGCCCUUUAUCGCCGUGGUCUACCGCUCCCUGGAGGCGGCGGGACAAAUUUCCACCGACACCGUGGACCGGCUCUCCCGAAUCUACGUCUUGGGCGCCGUCUUCCUUUCCCUCCCGGCGUUGUACCACCUCCUGGACGCGGUCCGCUGGAGAUUCGCCGCCGCCAGCCUGAACUUGGCGGCCCGCCAGCGCCCCGGGAUCCGGGUGACGGUGGUGGGGUCGUACUACUUCUGCAUCGACAACCUCAACUGGCCGUCGCUCGGCGAGGAAAAGGUCAACCGCGCCUACGCCCUCGUCUGGAUCUCCAAGCUCCUCUGGGCCACCGGGAGCGUCGGCCUCCGCGACGGACCGCGGGCGGCGUUGUCGGCCCUCCCGGCGUCGGUGGUGGCGGUCUCCCUCUCGUCGUAUGUCAGCGUCUUCGGGCUGUGCUGGAUCUUCGCGUACGCCUACAGCGCCGUGUUCACGCGCUGGCUGCACUCCCUGGAUGUUGUCCUGACGCCGGGUCAAGCGCAGAUGCAGGAGAUGCAGAAGUAUGACCUUUCCGGACACCUCCUGGUGUUUAUCUUCCAGAGCCGGAUCCUGGCGGCGCUGCCGGUGAAGGGCGACUGGACGCCGUUGCUGCGGCUCAUCGGGUUUUUGGUGUUGUUCCGACUGCCGAAAUUGGUAGAGUACACGAGGAAUUUUACCAAUGUCCAGUCCUUGGACGCCACCGGCACCUGGCGGUACUACCUGCAAGCGGUCUUCCAGGGCACCAUCGCCCCGCUGGGCCUGGGCGUGGCCCUCUUCACCCGCAGCUGGCGCGCGCCCCUCCACCUCCGCCGCCUCGCCUCCCUCGUCUGGGAACAGACCCUCCCCAUCCAGUUCGCCGUCGAAUUCGAACUCUGGCUCCACACGGAGGUGGUCCUCCUCCUCGGCGACCUCCUCCUGGAAGCCGCCACCGCCCUCCUCAGCCUCCCGGGCUACGCCGCCCACCUCUACUCCACCGCCUCCCCGCACUUCUGGCACCGCUACCUCGCCACCCUCGACACCGGCCUCAAAAUCUGGACCCAGACCGUCCGCGAGCUCCUGACCAUCUUCGUCCACUUCCUCAUCAUGUCCUACAUGUUCGAGCGCCUGUGGCACACCUCCAAGAACGGCGGUCCCCUGGACUCGGGGGUGGUGGAGGCCGUGACCUUUCUGGUGUACUUCAGCCGGUACGCCGACGCCACGGUGCGCUUCUCGCACGUGACGCAGGCUGGGUUGGAUAGCGAUGUCGUCUGUUCGUACCGGUGUGUUAUACGGGAGUUGGCGGCCCCCGCGGAAGGGCGGUUCCGGGAGUGGGAGGAUGUGUGCGCCAUCUGUCAGGGGAAGGAGGAGGAUCGGCUGCAGUUGUGUGAGUUGCCGUGUGCGCAUUUCUUUCAUCGGGGGUGCAUGGAGGAGUGGCUGAAGGUGCGGAUGGUGUGCCCCAUGUGUAUGCGCCGGGUGUGGCUGGCCCAGGGGCGCGUGCAGAUGGACAAUGUGGAGAUGGCGCUUAAUGCCGAAUUGCCGUAGUGUUAAUCAGCGUCACCUUGAUGGCAGCCUAUAUAGGCGUUAUUUUUUACGUUCUUAUUGGAGGCAUAAUUUUUCUUAUUAUUUCUUUGUGUGAUUGCGGUGUUAACGAUGAAAGGUCACAGCAGCCGGUUGUGGAGCUUGGAUUUUACGUACUGCCUGCAUAGAGCAGUCGCAAUCCGGCAUAAACAAAACAUAAUUCUGG